GUAUAGUUAAAAGGAAAGCAGCGUUUGUGUACCCAGAGAUUUGAGCAAAUCUGAGCUGCCUUCACUUUGUUAUAAUUUAUUAAUCGUUAAUUCUUUCUUCCAGCUUCUUCGAGUUUAUUGCGUUUUUAUUUCUUUCUAGUUUUACAAUGUGCCACCGCAUUUCCGGUUGCAAAAAUAGCUGCAUAACGUCUUGGAAAAGAAAAUGUAAUGCAGAAAUCAGACGGGAAUGUAGGAAAAACAUAUAUUCCCUGACAUAGUACUUUUUCAAAAUGUCUUCGCCCAAGCAUAGGAUUAUUACUUGUUAUGUUUUAUUUAAAAAAUGUGACAAUUAUGUAGAUAAACUGAAAACUAAAUACGCAACUCUGCAAAUUGUAGAUUUCUCUUCUUUGUCGGCAUGGUUUUUCCAACCAUACUCCAACCCAGUAGAGGGCAAAAGGGAUACACUGAGUUUGUGUUUGUCAAUAAUACCCAAGAAGAAAACGUGUCGCACGACGGCGACUGAGAUGGGACAUUCCCGACAACUGCUCUCGCUUGUUUCUGUUCGGCCGAGUGGACAAAAAAGUGCCGACACAACCUGAGACUGACAGCCGAUUCACCCCAGACGCCACAGGAACCAAACAAGCACCUCCGGUGGAACACCGUAGACAGCUUUAGACCCUUUCUCUUCUCUAGCCGUCUGGCUGCCUGUAAUUUGCCUCAAUGGAGAGGUCCAAAAAAACAAAUUGUCGAGGCCAUUGUCACCUCAGCAACACCUGAGAGUUAGUGCAGCUUUGCAAAAUUCCUCCUGUUCCGCCUGACUCCCCAUCGCGCUCAACAGCCCUUCAUCUCUGCUCCAAGAGAGACACAAUGGCAUCAGCGCGCUUCACCGUGACACCGACCAAAGCAGAGGACCUUCCAGGACUCUCAGACACGUCGCCUGAUAUCAGCUUCCGUCCGUCCUCCCGUGUGCACUUCGGCUCCCGUGAAAGCGUCAGCAGAAGUGAGCGGCUCAGCGAAACAUCGGGAGGUGCAUCGACACCAGCUGAUUUUGGGGCAGGAGGAGGUUGUGAGAGUGUCACUCCAGACCUAAGUCACACAGACCAAGGUGAUGCAAAUUCCAAAAUCUCCAGCGUGUACAUCAACAACACUCAUGGGGUGGAUGACGACGACUGCAUUGACAGAAACCUGGCCCUGUUUGAGGAGGAGAUGGACACUCGGCCCAAAGUGUCUCUUCUGCUGAGUCGCCUGGCCAACUACACUAACCUGACGCAAGGGGCAAAGGAACAUGAGGAGGCUGAGAUCAUUGGGGAAAAGAAGAAGACCAGCAAGUCGCCGCAGUUGGGAACGUUCAUGGGAGUGUAUCUUCCGUGCCUGCAGAACAUCUUUGGUGUCAUCUUGUUCCUGCGGUUGACCUGGGUGGUGGGAACAGCCGGGGUACUGCAGGGCCUGUGCAUCGUCCUCAUUUGCUGCUGCUGUACUCUGCUGACAGCGAUCUCCAUGAGCGCAAUCGCUACGAAUGGAGUGGUCCCAGGUCAGCAAGAAAAUGGAUUUUUCCAAAAAUAUAUGUCAGAUCCCCAUCAGUCAGAAGGAAGCUCAUCAGCUGGAGGAUCGUACUUCAUGAUCAGCCGGUCGUUGGGUCCAGAGUUUGGCGGGGCAGUCGGGCUGUGUUUUUACCUGGGCACGACCUUUGCUGGAUCCAUGUACAUCCUUGGAGCCAUUGAGAUCUUUCUGAUGUACAUUGUACCAGAAGCUUCCAUCUUCUCUAAAGGCCUCGAAGGGGAGGGUGCAGCCAUGUUGAACAACAUGCGGGUCUAUGGCUCCCUUUGUCUGCUCCUGAUGUCCUUACUGGUCUAUGUUGGUGUGAAGUAUGUCAACAAACUUGCUUCUGUCUUUUUGGCCUGCGUUAUCAUCUCCAUCAUUUCCAUCUAUGUUGGAGCACUUGUCUCCGCCGUUCAUCCGCCAAACUUUCCCAGGGUGUGUAUGCUCGGGAACAGAACCAUUAAUGCCCAUGACCUCGAGGACAAUCAGUGUGCAAAGACCUCAAAGAACUCGACGUUUACUACUGAUAAUGUUACCGUUACACCGACUCCUGACCCUGACUUUGGUGUGGAGACGACACACAUAUGGAGUCGAUUUUGCCAGAGCCCACUACUCAAUGCUUCAUGUGACGAUUACUUCAGUUCCAACAACUUCUCCACUAUUCAAGCCAUCCCUGGUCUAGCCAGUGGGAUCAUAUCAGAGAACUUGUGGAGCGCCUACCUCAGCAAGGGGGAUGUGGUGGAGAAGGUUUCCAUGAGCUCAUCUCCAAUUGCUCACCCUGCCUCCACUCAGCAGCCGUACGUGUUCGCUGACAUCACUACCUCCUUCACGCUGCUGGUCGGCAUUUUCUUCCCCUCUGUCACUGGAAUCAUGGCUGGAUCAAACAGAUCAGGAGAUUUGAAAGAUGCACAGCGUUCCAUCCCCAUUGGAACCAUCCUGGCCAUCCUCACAACCUCUGUCGUCUAUCUCAGCUGUGUGAUUCUCUUUGGCUGCUGCAUUGAUGGAGUUGUCCUCCGAGACAAAUUUGGGGACUCGGUCAAAGGGAAUCUGGUGGUUGGGACUCUGGCCUGGCCGACGCCUUGGGUCAUCGUCAUCGGAUCUUUCUUUUCAACUUUUGGUGCAGGUCUCCAGUCACUGACUGGUGCUCCACGACUCCUGCAAGCAAUUGCAAAGGACAACAUCAUCCCAUUCCUCAGGGUUUUUGGGCACGGCAAGGCUAACGGGGAGCCCACAUGGGCCUUGUUGCUGACUGCUUUAAUAGCUGAGCUGGGAAUUCUCAUUGCCUCAUUGGAUCAAGUGGCUCCCAUUCUGACCAUGUUUUUCUUGAUGUGCUAUCUCUUUGUCAACUUGGCCUGUGCCCUCCAGACCCUUUUGAGGACGCCCAAUUGGCGACCCCGUUUUUCCUACUACCACUGGACGUUGUCAUUUUUGGGGAUGAUCGUCUGCCUGGCACUCAUGUUUGUCUCUUCCUGGUACUACGCCAUUGUUGCUAUGGUGAUCGCAGGCAUGAUCUACAAGUAUAUUGAGUACCAUGGGGCGGAGAAAGAAUGGGGAGAUGGGAUCCGAGGGCUCUCACUCAGCGCUGCACGCUAUGCCCUGAUGCGGUUGGAAGAGGGGCCACCACACACUAAAAACUGGAGGCCCCAGCUCUUGGUUCUAUUAAAACUGGAUGAAGAUGCUCAUGUCAAAUCCCCUCGCCUUCUAACGUUUGCCAGCCAGCUGAAGGCAGGAAAGGGUUUAACAAUCGUUGGUACAGUUGUGUCUGGCAACUUCCUUCAAGGCUACGGUGAAGCUCUUGCCGCUGAACAGACCCUCAAGCACCUGAUGGAUAAGGAGCGCGUGAAGGGCUUCUGUCAGUGCAUCAUUGCACAGAAACCAAGAGAAGGGAUCAGCCACAUGAUCCAGUCCAGUGGUCUGGGUGGAAUGAAACCCAACACCGUGGUGAUGGGAUGGCCACAUGCCUGGAGGCAGACCGAGGAUCCACAAUCCUGGAAGACGUUCAUCAAUACCGUGCGGGUGACCACAGCAGCUCACCUCGCCCUGCUGGUGCCCAAAAACAUCUCUCUGUUCCCCAGCAACAAUGAGCCCUACACUGAUGGCUACAUUGAUGUUUGGUGGAUCGUUCAUGACGGGGGGAUGCUGAUGUUGCUGCCCUUCCUGCUGCGUCAGCACAAGGUAUGGCGAAAGUGUGCAAUGCGAAUCUUCACUGUUGCCCAGAUGGAAGAUAAUUCCAUCCAAAUGAAGAAGGAUCUGGCCACGUUCCUUUAUCACCUCCGUAUUCAAGCUGAUGUAGAAGUGGUUGAGAUGCAUGACAGUGACAUCAGUGCAUACACGUACGAAAGAACCUUGAUGAUGGAGCAGAGGUCUCAGAUGCUGAGGCAAAUGAGACUGUCGAAAUCUGACCGGGAAAGAGAGAGGGAUCGCUGGAGUUUUGAUGAUGUGUAUCUUUCCCCCAGGUACAGGAGGUCUCACUUCUCCUCCACAGACACCUACAAAGGAUACAGACAGGCUCAGCUUGUGAAAGACCGCAACUCCAUGCUGCACUUGACGAGCAUCGGCUCUGAUGAUGAGGAUGAGGCGGAUGCAGCAGAGCGCGACAGAGGCGCGAGCAGCGGCGGAGGAAUGUCUGAGCACCACCGCCGUGUGCAGAUGACCUGGACCAAAGAGAAGACCUCACAGUAUCGAGCCACGCAUUCCGACGCCUCGGCUCCAGACGACGUGCGCAACAUAUUGAGCAUCAGUCUGAACCAGUCAAAUGUCAGACGGAUGCACACGGCGGUCAGGCUCAAUGAGGUGAUCGUCAACAAAUCCCACGAUGCAAAGUUGGUUCUGUUAAACAUGCCUGGACCCCCAAGGAACUCGGAGGGAGACGAAAACUAUAUGGAGUUUCUUGAAGUUCUAACAGAAGGACUGGAGCGGGUUCUGUUGGUCCGAGGUGGAGGCAGUGAAGUCAUCACCAUCUACUCCUGAGUGGAUUACAAAGUUGCUCCGUACCAAGUCACCACAAGCAUAAAUAUCAUAACACUGUCUUCACUCUCUCACUGUAGUCAAGGCUCCACUUACAGUUGUGUUCAAAAUAGUAGCAGUGUCUUGAAAAAUGCUAAAAUUGUAGUGUACACAAUGUAUAUGGCAACAUGACUUCUUCCAGUAUCCUGUCUCAAACUGAUCCAUGAUCCCUGGUCUGCGGUAAAUAGGACCAACACAGUAGCAAAAACCUGAAAAACAUCCCUGUUGAACUGUGACCCUUGGACCCAAAAAGAACACUCUUACUUUCACCAGGCCACAAAAUUUUACGGCAUUGCUUUUAAGACCAGUCCUCACCUGAUUUUAGCAGUACUCACAAGCAAUGUUAGAUCUUCUUUGCUCAUCCUGGAGCGGGUCAUUGGCUGAAUAUUUGCCAGUUUGGUUAUUCUCCCAUCUAUUCCAGAAGUUGUUUUUCUUUUUCUUCCUCAUCUUUCUGGUUUUGACUGCCAUUUUAAAGCAUUUGAUAUCAUUUUAGCUGAACAGUCUAUAAUUUUCAGCACUUCUUUGUAGGUUUUCCCCUCGUUUAUCCUUGUAUUAACUUAAAAAACGGUCCUUAUCAGAACAGUGUCUUGAAUGACCCAUUUUACUCUGUUUUUCAGGACAGAUGCACAGCCAGCAUAUGCAAUGUCCGUUGCCUUGGUCCUUAAAUAAGGACCGCCUGUUAACACCUUUUUAACCUCCCUAAUUGAACUCACCACUGCUAUUUUUUAACACACCCCUUUCAGUUAGUCAUUGAGUUUCACAGUGUCAGUGUCAUGCACGGCAGGCCUGUUGCGUCUGUUUUCUAUACCUUUACUAUACCUUCCAGAAACGUACUUGCGAUGUAGAGGUUGAAAUUUUUACAAAAACAGGGAUUUAACUUGCUACUGUUGAGGGACUGCUAUUAUUUUGAACAUAACUGUACUACAAAUCACACAACCACCAAAACAAGUCCUCAAAUAAGCAGCCAUUUUCUUCACUGUGUUUGUGCGUCAGCCGUUAAAGUUGUUCUGUUGGAGGGGAUUGUUGUAGUAUUUUACGAGCGAAUGGGUUUCUAAACCAGGCCUUUGAAUUUUGAGUUCUACAUCCAAUGUAGAGCCUGGGGAGAACACAGAGAAGCUGAAACUCUGAUCAAACUCAGGGUUGCUUUUUGUACAUUGCGAAAUGCUGAAAGCAAAUGUGAGGAUUCUCAGCAAAGCCUGGGGCGAUAAAUGGGUUUUCUUUUUUUUUUUUUUCUUUGUUUAAUUGUUUAACAUUGUUUAAACAAGAGUGGAUAUGUCAAACAUGCCGUGGAUCUCCAGUGUCAAGCCACACAAUGAUUUUCUUGCUGUCUGUAUCUGUACUUUUGUCUCAGCACAAUAGUAACGCAUGUGUCAAUGGGGCUGUUUUGAUGUUUUCACCACAAUAUCGGCUUCUCAGUGUAUUGAAAUACACGCCUCGCUGCAUCUAAAAACUAGUUUUGUACAUACAGAUGUUCUUUGUGUGUGUGCGCGUAUGUGUUAUGAGUGAUGAACGAUUGUUGCUGAUGUUAGGAGUUAUUCAAUUCCACCAUCUGUUCUUUUUUUUUUUAUACUGUUACUGUGCAGGGAUUCUUUUGGUCAUUGUUGUUUCCUCAACAAGAUUUGCUUGCCUGUACAUAAAAGAUUGAAAGGAUCCCAAGUUUUAUCAUUUUUAUUACAUUAAUAUAAAAACAAAGCUGAAAAUUUUGCCUGGAAAAAAAUGGGAAUAAACGUUUUGAAAAAU